UUGUUUGACUUGCAAAGCAGGCCUGGGCGCUCAUGGACUGAGCACUGAGAAAGGGCCCUUCCCUGAAAGUGGAACGCCACGGAUACGGACAGCUGCGGUACAGCUUUGUGCUGGGCUGCAGGCCUUGUCACCCACAGGCAUGAAUUAGUGAUAAGGAAUGUUUUAAGCCAUGAGGAGGUGUCAGGAUCAGAUAGGCAGACAGACAGACGGCAGGACGGAUACACGGGAGGGGGCUGUGCUAGGUGGCUCGGCGGCAGGCUGGUGGAAGAUGUCGUCAGGAGCCGGCGGGAGGGGAGGAAGGCGGCUCAGGGCGACAUUGGGCAUUGGAGGUGGAGGAGGGAGAGGGGGAGCAGGAGAGGCAGAGGAAGGCCCCGUGGGGAUCCCCUUCCCCGAACACAGCGCAGACGUCCUGGGCGGUCUUAACAAGCAGCGGCUCAGUGGGUUACUCUGUGAUGUCCUCCUGGUUACCCAGGACCGGGAGUUCCACGCUCACCGCUCCGUCCUGGCGUCCUGCAGCUCCUACUUCCACAAGCUCUUCACUUCAGGGGCCGCCGCUGACCAACAAAACAUCUACAGCAUCGACUUUGUGGCGGCAGAGGCUCUGGGAGCUUUGUUGGACUUUGCCUACACAGCCACAUUGACAGUCAGUCACAGCAGUGUGGCUGACAUCCUCGCUGCUGCACGCCUCCUGGAAAUCCCUCCCGUCCAGGAUGUCUGUACACACCUGCUGGACACCAAAGUGCUCUCCCUGCCGACGGGCAGUGAGGAAAGAAAUGAAGAUGAAGAUGAAGAGGGCAAAGGCACAGGAGGGAAGGAGCAGGGCGACCGGGCGCGGGCCCGGGAGUACCUGGAGUACUUCCAGAGAGGGGCACACUGGAGCAGUAGCUGCAGCACGCCGGAGCUCAGGGACCUGCCCACACACCUGCACCUUAAUCUCGGUAAUGGGAGCAUCCCCAGCAACGGAACUCCCGCCGGCCCCGGAGAGUACUUCUCCCCCCUGGCCCUCGCUUUGUCCCAGCCCCCUACGCAGGAACCAGAGGAUGAAGAUGAGGAUGAAGAUGACGAUGAGGAUGGAGAGGCUAUGCAAAGCAACGGAACAAGCUUGGGGUCGUCGUUCUAUCCGCCGCCUCAAAAUGGUCACUUUUACCUCCCUCCUGAGGCUCGGCAGGGGCAAGAGGAGGAAGCAGAGGACAGUUGUAGGGAGGGGAGGGUGAGGGAGAGAGGUCCGGCCAGCGCCCUCCUGCAGCAAAUGAUGGACUCAAUCGAGAGGCAGAAGGAGCGCGCAGCGACCGGGGAGGAACCUGGAGAUGGGGAUGAUCCUGACAUGGAAUUUUACUUGAAUUAUUUUAGCAGCACACAGCAUGAGGAUACUGCCUCUGCUGCUUUGACACAGGGAGUGCCAUCGUUAUGGCUAUCACGAGGUAAUACAGGCCAACACAGACCAGGAGGGGAGAGGGGGGUGGGAGAGAGAGGCAGUGGGGGUGGAGGAGGUGGAGGAGAAAGGAAGAUGCGCUCCAAGGCUUUUCAGAAGUGCCCCAUAUGCUCAAAGGUCAUUCAAGGCGCAGGCAAGCUACCCCGCCACAUCAGAACACACACAGGAGAGAAACCCUAUGAAUGCGCCAUCUGCAAAGUGCGCUUUACCAGACAGGACAAGCUCAAGGUUCACAUGCGGAAGCAUACAGGAGAAAAGCCUUACCUGUGUACACAGUGUGGAGCUGCCUUUGCUCACAACUACGACCUAAAGAACCACAUGCGUGUACACACUGGCCUGCGCCCUUAUCAGUGCUCGAGCUGCUUUAAGACUUUUGUGCGCUCAGACCAUCUGCACCGCCACCUCAAGAAGGACGGCUGCAAUGGCAUCCCCUCCCGUCGCGGCAGAAAACCGCGGGUGAGAGAAGCCGGGCUCCUGGAAGCCCCACAAGGUCUACUGAGCAGCCACGACACUGGGCCUCUUAGCAUCAGGGGACGACCUCGUUCUGAGACAUCCUCAGCAGCAGAGCUGGAGGCCGUUGCUGGAGUACUUGCACCGAGUCCUCAGCUGCAGGAGUUAGCAGGGGAAGAAGGUUUGUGAGACUACAGGUGCAGCAAGGACACUGCUGGACACCACAUUCACUCUGCACCGCCUGUGAGACAGGCCAACGAUCAGAGAAAAAGCAAAGGCAAUUAAAAAAAAAAAAAAACAAUAAAAAAAACAGACGAAACAACUAACUAUUCCUCUAUAAACCAAAUCAGGGUGUCACAAAAAUCUAAUCUUUAUAUGUCUUUCUCCUUUUACUUUAGGAAAUGGAUAGACUCGCAAGCACUUGAGUUGGUUUAUUUGUUAAAGAGCAAAGAACGCUUCAAAUCAUGCACCCCAUGAUGUCCACUUUCUGGACCAUUUCUUUCUUUGUAAUAUUAGAGGUUUUAUACAUUGGCAUAUGUGCUUAGGCAAAUGUAUGAUAGAUACAAAGAAACUAUUAGCAACUAUGCAGUUGAUUUAGUUUUCUUUUUUACAGUUUUGUCCUCACAGCCUUCAAGCUCAAAGAAGGGUGAUUGUCUUGCACCCUCUGGCUGAUGUACGGGUGAGGCGAGGACAAAUCCUCCUAGUGAAAAAAAAUCUUUUUCUAUUCUUUUGCAGAUCUGAAAUGUACAGUUACCAUAGAAACAAAAUUGCCACAUGAUAUAUGCAAGGAAAAACUCACCACGGUUUUGAUGCAACAGCUUUUUUUUCCUCUCUAAAUGUUCCAGAAAGAAUCAGACAAGGGUUUGAUUGAAGUGUUACUUACUCUAAAAAAAAAAAUGCAUCUUCUGAAUCUAUAUUUUGUCUCAUUGAAAUACAAAUUAAUACUGAGUCAAAUCCACUUUAAUGGGGGCUCGCUUAUUGCAGGACUAGGGAAUACGAGAGGUGACGCAUUUGUGUUUUUGAAGCACUACCAUUGUCAAUGUAUCUGCUGGCUUUACUACAUUGCCUCUUGUCCCUCACAAACCUGCAAAGUCAGCAUUUUUGUUUUUUCAAUUUUGAUUUGUCUUAAUUUUUGUUCCUUUUUGUUGACUGCUUUGGGUACUUGACACUUUAUAAUUGUGUGUGUGUAUAUAUAGCAGGUGGUGAUAUGACAUUGGCUCCCUCUCGCAGAGGUAUACUUACCAGUCAUGUUUUUCCUCUUACGAUUGAUGUCAUACUUCUCACAGAGUGAUGCUUGUGGGUGAACGAAACAAACUGUGUGAAUGUUCAAUGGGGAAAAAAAAAGAAGAAGAAAAAACAUUUAGUCACAUAUUUGUUUAAAACGUAACACUUGACAUGUACAGUUCCUGCCCAAAGGAUUAGGGGGUCGAAUGAAUGAAUGUGCUUAACCUUGUGGAAUCCAUCCUUGUUAAACAAGGCAUGGGUAUCAUUUAACCAACCGCAGGUUAAAGGACUGGCAGGGAGUGAGAGUGACAAAGAGUACGAAGAAGACAUAGAUGAGCACCUUUUUUUUUUUUUUUUUUUUUUCUUUGUUUGCACAGCUUUACUAAAGAUAUCCAACAGAGCAAGAGGGGAGUAUAAUAUUUAAAGGAAGUGGGUUCUUGUUGGGUAAGGAGUGAGAGGAGCUUUAUGUAUCAUGCUUAUUCCAAUCUUUUUUGCCCUUGGGACCACACAACCAUAAGGCAACCUGUAUGAUGAAGAGAGCAAUAAAUACCUGUCCAAGUUGGGAGGCCAAAUUGGAGCGAAGCUGCAGCUGGUUGGUGGGGGAGGGGGAAUAAGAGGAGGGGAGGGGGCUCUCACAAUGUCUGUUGCAUUCCAAAAAAUAAUCUCCCCCGGCUCAGCCACGUUUCCAGGCAGGAGGGGAUCAAAUCAGGCCUUUUCCCUCCCUCUCUCUGCCUCUACAGUCCUCUAAUGCCCCCAAACCAGCCUGGAGGAGAUAUUAUUAUAUUAGAGCCUGGUGUUACUAUGGGGAGGACGCCUGGUUCUCGCAGUUUACUGUGGGAGUAUGUUUACAUGUACAUGUGUUUUGCGUGCGUGCAUGUGUGUGUACGUGUGGGUUUGGGUGUGGGUGUGCGUGCGUGCGUGCGUGCUUGCGUGUGUGGGUGUGUGUGUGUGUGUGUGUGUGUGUGUGUGGCAGCCAGGGUCCCUCUGGCCACAUCAUCAGCGUGUGAGUCAGGCACAGCCUGUUCAAACAUGCACCCUGAGCUGCCAGCUCCAAUGCACUUUCCCUGUCUCUCUCACACACACACACACACACACACACUGAUGUCCAGGUAUCCUCUGGUGAGGGGAAAAAAUGCCAGAACUUGCAUAUCGCUCUGAAUAUUGUCAGAGAUUCCAUCAUUUUGGAUUUGUUAGUCUUAAAAGGUCCAAGUUGUGUUAUUCCAAAUCCAGUGUCCUUUUCAUAGUAGCAGAUUGUUAGAUUCACAACAAUAUCUGUGAUCCCCCUCCUCAUCCACUCUGUCAUUUCUGUGGUAGUGCUGUAGUUCAACUAUCAGUUCUUUUGCACCUUAGUUAGAAAGAAGCAGGUUAUGAAAGCACUUUGUUAAUGGGGAGGGCAAUUUUGUCAACAAAACGGGUACUUUGAAACAAACGAGUUGCAAAUGAGAUGGGUCCGUGGUGGUGAAGUUUAGUUCCUUGUUCAUUGUUUAAUCAAAGCAGUAAUAUUUAAGUUUAGAUCUCCACGACAAAAGCAUGGCGUGGAUUUUGAGACUUAAAAGACUAAUCUAUGUGACUGAAUGCACUUGAAGUUCACUGUUAGUGACUGUCUUUGUGUCUUAAUGUAAGGAGAGGUGGCAGAAGGAGGAAAUAAGAUCCAGAAAAAAGGGCACUUAGUUUGCAUGUGUGUAUAUGUAUGCAUGCAUUUUUCCCCCCUUGGUGUGCAUGUACUGCUGGCUGGCAGGCUGGAGGCUCUCAGGACAACCCUAGAUAAACAAACUUUGUGUCUACCCCAUCUGUUCGCCAGCUACUCAUAACUACAUGUGUUCUCAAAGGAACCAGAGUGACUAUAGGUCCACAGUGCCACUAAAGUAAGAAGAAACACCAUCAUGCAAAACAGCACACUGGACAGUCGGUUAUUUACUUCACAGCACGUUUGCAGAGCUCUUUGUUUAGCCUUGUUGGUUACUGUCAGGAGUUGGCUAGGUCUUCAGUUUUAGCUUCUAUUUUUACUUUUUUUGUUUGAAUACAGACAACGGUUGCACAGUUUGCCUCCCACUGCAGACCAGUGUAAGAUGGAUAGUCUAAUGUCUACUUGGUUUGUGAUCUUUAUUUGUAGUGGUACGUGGUAUGGACGGCCUAAACCCAGUUUGUCUUGACAUGACAGAAUUUUUACAGUCUUAAAUGGACCUUAAUAUUUCCCCAAAUUUUAUUAUGUUGAUUAACCAAAGCUUUGUAUCCGUCUUAAUCCAGAGAAAACUAGAUAUUUUCAGAAUCCAGCUAUGAUUUAUCCACUUUGGGCCUCCCUGUCUGUCCUACACAGAUGCCCUCUUCUUGAAUACAUAUGCAGAAAUGUGUGUGGAAUCAUACAGAUUAUUUACUUGAGUUUGCUUCCUCUCACUCUUUGUGGACAAUAGAAUAAGAGGUGGCUUUUUAUGUCUGUCUACACUUGUUUUCUUAAAAUAAUGUGCUACAGCUGUUUUAUUUUCCUUUUUCUAAGAGUUUUACAUGGCUGUAUGUCUGUUAGCGUGUGUGUUGGGGCGGGGUGGUUGGGGG